UUGCUUUUAGGACAGGAAGAAAUUGUGCAAGAAGGACAGGAAGAGGCUGUGCGGGAAAGACAAGAAGAAAUUGUGCAGGAAAGACAGGAAGCAAUUGUGCGAGAAUCGACUUUCAUCGAGCUGCAACCGGAACCGCGAGAAGUCGUGAUGCUUCACUCAGAUGCAGGGCAAGAAGAUGAGGACGCCUUAGACACUCUAACAGCUCUCGCUGAAAGAUUGCGAGUGAUUGCCGGCGACAUAGAUGUUCCCCUUGAAGCUGCUGGUAUUAUUUCUAGACCUGACGUACCUACCCACGGGCGACCGAAAAUGCGAAAAUCCGAGCUUUAUUCGGUACGCUGUGUAGAUUAA